AUGUCCACCUUCUCAAGAGUUCUCCAGCGCACGGCGCGCUCCGCCUUCCAGUACCAGCGCAGCGUCAACCCGGUGCAGAAUGCUCUGGGCACCCAGGGCACAAGCAGAUGGAUGAACGGUGUACGGAACUAUGCGGCUUUCACGCGUGACAAGCCGCACGUCAACAUUGGAACCAUUGGCCACGUCGAUCACGGAAAGACGACCCUCACCGCCGCCAUCACAAAGCGACAAGCUGAAAAGGGCUACGCCAAGUUCCUCGAGUACGGCUCCAUCGACAAGGCGCCCGAGGAGCGCAAGCGUGGUAUCACCAUUUCGACAGCCCACAUUGAGUACUCGACCGACAACCGCCACUAUGCCCACGUCGACUGCCCUGGCCACGCCGAUUACAUCAAGAACAUGAUCACGGGUGCCGCCAACAUGGAUGGCGCCAUCAUCGUCGUCGCUGCCUCCGAUGGCCAGAUGCCGCAGACCAGGGAGCAUUUGCUGCUUGCGCGUCAGGUCGGUGUGCAGAAGAUUGUCGUCUUUGUCAACAAGGUGGACGCCAUCGAUGACAAGGAGAUGUUGGAGCUUGUCGAGAUGGAGAUGCGCGAGUUGCUGAGCAGCUAUGGCUUUGAGGGUGACGAGACACCCAUCAUCAUGGGCUCUGCGCUGUGCGCCCUCGAGGGCCGCCAGCCGGAUAUUGGCGAGCAGAAGAUCGACGAGCUGCUCGAGGCUGUCGAUUCUUGGAUCCCCACCCCCGUCCGCGAGACCGAAAAGCCCUUCCUCAUGGCCAUUGAGGACGUCUUCUCCAUUGCCGGUCGCGGUACCGUCGUUUCCGGCCGUGUCGAACGCGGCAUCCUAAAGAGGGACGCCGAAGUCGAGCUUGUCGGCAAGGGUACCGCGCCCAUCAAGACCAAGGUCACCGACAUCGAGACCUUCAAGAAGUCCUGCGAGGAGUCGCGCGCAGGCGAUAAUUCCGGUCUCCUUCUGCGUGGCGUCAAGCGCGAGGACGUCAGGCGUGGCAUGGUCGUUUCCGUUCCCGGACAGGUCAAGGCGCACAAGAGGUUCCUAGUGUCCAUGUAUGUACUGAGUAAGGAGGAGGGUGGCCGUCACACUGGUUUCGGCGACAACUAUAGGCCGCAGAUGUUCAUCCGAACCGCUGAUGAGUCGUGUGCGCUCACCUGGCCCGAGGGCACCGCGGAUGCGCAUGAUAAGCUAGUCAUGCCUGGUGAUAACGUUGAGAUGGUCUGCGAGCUCCACCAGCCGCACGUUUUGGAGACGGGUCAGCGGUUCAACAUGCGUGAGGGUGGCCGGACAGUCGCUACUGGCCUCGUAACGCGUGUCCUGGAGUAG